AUGUCGCAGGCAAGCUCUCAGUCGGGAUCGAGCAGCCAAGGCUGUGGCGAAGGCGUUAGCGGCGGGUACGAAGGGCAGGGUUCGCCGGUGCCGUACCACGUUGGCCCUCUCGCGUACGAGCCCGCCGUGCUAUGCAGGUGCAAUGGCAAGGCCUGCAGAUGGAUUUCGUGGAGCAAUGCCCAGCUAGGGCGUAGGUACUACAGGUGCAAGAAGUCUAGGACCGGAGUUGACUACAGCUUCUUUGUUUGGGCCGAUGAGGAAUGCUCUGAAUGGUUCAAGGAGCUGCUCAGGGACCUGAGAGAUGCUGUCUGGGAGCUGAAGAGGGAGCUAAGGAAGAAGGAUGGGGAGCUGGACGCCAAGGACAUGGUGUUGGAGGCAAAGGAGAUGGAGGUUGAGGUGAAGAAGAAGGAGGUUGAGGACAUGGUCAUGGAGCUGAAUGCCAAGCAGCAGGAGGUGCAGGCCAAGGAACAAGUUGUGGCUUUACUGGAAGCACGGCUGAAGAACAAGAACAAGUGCAUUGACAUGCUGGCUGUGCUUUGUAUGUUCCUGCUUCUGACCAUGGUGGUCAUUCUGUGCAAUGGCAACAAGUCAUGA